CUAGAAUGGCUAGAUAUAAUGAAUUCCUUGCUAAUGUUGAUGAAUGGUUAAAACAACAUAACAUAGAUCCACAGACACUUGUUGAUGUGACUGACAGUGUGUCCAGGGUAUCUAAGACUGCAUCAAAGACUUCAAAAAUAUCCUCCACAGUCUCAUCUAUUCGUAUUCAGCUAGCAGUUGACAAAGCUGGUUUAUUGGCUAAAGCAAAAGUUUUAGAGGAGAAGCACGAAAUAGAGCUGGAAAAAGUAAAGUUACAAGCAAGAAUGGAAACACUUCAAUUACAAGAAGAUCUUGCUAUUUCACACAGUAAAUUAAAGGUGUUAGAGGAACUUGAGCCAAGCCAAGAAAUAAAGCCACAAUGUGAAACAGAGGAUGAUAUGAAUGCGUAUCUGGAAGGAUAUUUACAAAGACACAAGACCAAAACUGUUGAAGUUAAAUCCAGUGAAAGCAGCAAAAUUGACUCUAUCCUGUCUCCACCUCACUUUGCUGAACUAGGAGCAGUACCUAAAACCCCAUUACAGAAAACCCUGCGUGAACAUCAGGUGUCUGAACCACCACCGGUAGCAGCAGCAGCAGCAGCAGCACCCGCAAAACAAAAAAUGAAACCGAAUUCAUCUAAGGUCACUGUAACAGAUGUACAAACAAGAAAGGAAUCCACUCCUGGAAGGGACCGGUCUGAACAUUCAGAUAUUUCAAUACAAAGACAGUCAGACUUGACAAAUCUGCUUGUUUCUGUUGUAUCUCAAACAUCACUCCCUAAAAAAGAAGUUCCUGUUUUCAGUGGUGACCCCUUAGAGUUCCAGCUCUUCAUGCAGGCAUUCAGACACAACAUAGAAGACAAGACUGACAGUAAUGAGGACCGACUGUAUUUUCUUGAACAGUUUACAGCGGGCCAACCAAAAGAACUUGUCAGAAGCUGUUUACAUCUGGAUGCUACAGCUGGUUUUAUUGAAGCAAAGCGUUUGCUGAAACAUCAUUUUGGAAAUGAGUUUAAAAUCGCAUCAGCUUAUAUGAAUAAGGCCUUGACCUGGGCUACAAUUAGACCAGAUGAUGCUAAAGCACUGCAUAGUUAUGGACUGUAUUUAAGAAGUUGCAACAAUGCUGCUCAAUCUUUUCAGUAUAUGUCAGAACUUGAUUUACCAUCAAACAUGAAAUUAAUAGUGUCAAAACUUCCAUACAAGCUCAGAGAAAGAUGGAGAUCUGUUGUAUGUGACAUCAUGGAGCAAACACAGCAGAGACCCAAAUUCUGUGAUCUUGUUAAGUUCAUCGAAAAGCAGGUGAAAAUAUUGCAAGACCCUGUGUUUGGUGACAUUCAAGACGUCACUAAAAUCAGCCAACCAAGACGGGUGGUAGCAGAUCUGCCACAUGUAAAAUCUGGCGCAAAGAAAAGUUUUGCUACCACAGUCUCCCCAGUCGUUUGUGUUGCUGACGCUAACAGAAUUUAUCCUGUGAAAAUGGAAAAUGGAGUUAAAGGCCCUACUGCCGAUAUGAAUGAUGCAUUUCUGAAACCAUGCACCUACUGUAAAGGAAAUCAUGCUUUGGAAACUUGUCAGAAAAUAACAAAACUCCUUCAUCAACAGAAAGUUGAUUUUCUGAAGAAAAAUGGUUUCUGCUUUGCGUGUUUGAUUAAAGGCCAUCUAAGUAAAUCAUGCAAGAACCGUUUGAUAUGCCGCUCAUGUGGUAAGAAGCACCCCACUAUCUUGCACAUAGCAAACAGUCCUCCAGAUGGCGCUGUAGGAAAUGUGACUGUCUCUUCAGUGGCCAAGAAAGAUGCCAGCAGUGGCACAGACUCAAUCAUCCUGGGCAUGGCAUCUACAGUCCGAACAGGGGCCGGUACCAUCGACCACAAACUGCCUAUCGUGCCUGUAAAGAGACGCUCAUGGAGAAACUGUCCAUAAGAGGAAGGAAAACGGACAUCUUACUUCGAACCAUGGGUCAAGAAAAGCCUGUGCAGACCUACAAUGUGAGUGGACUCCAAGUAUGCAGCCUAGAUGGUGAUGACUUCAUAGAACUUCCAGAGGUAUUUACACAACCCGCCAUACCUGUUAACAGUGAGAACAUCACAUGUGAGGAAGAUCUCAAACAAUGGCCUUACCUUCAAGCGGUCCAGUUGAAGUCCAUCAGUGCCGAGGUCAGUCUGCUGAUCGGAGUGAACGUUCCCAAAGCCUUAGAACCGCUGAAGGUCAUUAACAGCCAAGACAAGGGGCCGUAUGCUGUCCUAACACACCUGGGAUGGAUAGUAAACGGACCUCUGGGUACUAGCCCACCCUUAGACCAACAUGGACGACCACAGAUAGUAGCCAACAGAAUAUCAGUGGCUCGUCUGGAAGAACUCUUGGUCCGACAAUACAACCAAGAUUUCUCAGAAUUGGCGCACCAAGAGAAGGCAGAACACUCUGUUGAAGAUAAAAGAUUCCUUCAAAUAAUGAAUGAAUCCAUCACAAAGAAAGAAGGUCACUAUGAAUUACGACUGCCGUUCCGCAGAGAUGACCUUCACCUGCCGAACAAUAGGAAAAUGGCUGAACAAAGAGCUCUAGGCCUCAAGAAAAGACUAGAGAAAGACCAGUCGUUUAAAAAUGAUUAUGUCAACUUCAUGAAUGAUGUUUUCAAGAAAGGGUUUGCAGAAAUGGUACCUGAAGAACAGCUCCUCAGGAUGGAUGGAAGACUUUGGUACAUCCCACACCAUGGGGUCUAUCACAAACAGAAAAAAUCUAUCCGUGUGGUCUUUGACUGUACAUCUUCAUUUCAAGGUACUUCUUUGAACUCUGAGUUACUGCAAGGCCCAGACCUUACGAACACCUUAUUGGGUGUACUCCUUCGUUUCCGACAGGAAUCAGUGGCAGUGAUGGGGGACAUAGAGGGAAUGUUCCACCAAGUCAGAAUUCCUGAAAAUGAUGUGGACUUUCUGAGAUUCUUAUGGUGGCCAGAUGGUAACACUAACCAACCACUCAGAGAAUUCAGAAUGGUUGUACAUUUGUUCGGAGCAGUUUCCUCCCCGAGCUGCGCAAACUUUGCACUCCGACAGACAGCUGAGGAUAAUAAGAAUAAAGCAGACACUUCCGUUCUUGCCACCAUCAGACACAACUUUUAUGUGGAUGAUUGUCUCAAAUCAGUUCCAGAUGUAAGCAAAGCCAUCACUCUGGUCCAGGACCUGAAGGCAGUAUGUGCUACAGGUGGAUUUAAGCUUACCAAAUGGACUAGUAACAGCCGUGCUGUCCUAGCCUCACUACCCUCAGAGGAACGGGCCAAAGAGAUUAAGAACAUUGACUUGGAGAGAGACAAACUUCCUGCAGAACGUGCUCUUGGCAUGCGAUGGGAUAUUGAAUCUGACACAUUCUUCUUUAAUAUCACUUUGAAAGAACAACCACAUAAUAGAAGAGGAAUUCUGUCUGUGCUUAAUUCAGUUUACGAUCCCCUGGGAUUCUUAUCACCAGUUAUGCUGUCUGGAAAAAAAAUCCUCCAAGAGUUAUGCAAGAUGAAUUGCGGAUGGGACGAAGAAAUCCCAACAGCUCAUGCAUCUAAAUGGAAGGAGUGGCUGAGAGAACUUCAGUUGAUUUCCAGCUUCAGAAUCGGAAGAUGCUACAAACCAGCUGGCUUUGAAGUCACAAGUGCUCAACUGCACCAUUUUUGCGAUGCUAGUGAGGGUGGCUAUGGGACAGUAAGUUACCUACGACUGACCAGGAGAUAUUUGUCUGCAGACGAGGCCAAGUAA